UAAAUAUGUUACCCAGGGGUGUUAAUUAAUGUGACAAUAUGACGAAAAAGGAGGCAGAACAAACGGACGAAAGACCGCAGUGGGAUAACAAAGCACAGUUUCUGUUAACUUGUGUUGGUUUCGCAGUUGGACUUGGAAACAUUUGGAGAUUUCCUUAUAUAUUACAAAAAAAUGGAGGCGGUGCAUUCCUCAUUCCCUAUUUCAUUAUGCUGUUUGUCGAAGGAAUUCCUCUCCUGUAUCUUGAAUUGGCUGGAGGUCAACUUCUUCGUGCCGGAAGUAUUGGCGUUUGGAGAAAAAUCAGCCCAUACAUUGGAGGUAUUGGAAUAUGCAGCAUGUUUGUUUCUUUUCUCAUUGGAGUAUACUAUAAUACCAUUAUUGCGUGGUGUCUCUGGUACAUUUUCAACUCUUUCCAGGAACCAUUGCCCUGGAAAAAUUGCCCACCAAAUGCAAAUUUGACUGCUUAUGUUACUGAAUGUGCAAAGAGUUCACCAUCACAAUAUUUCUGGUAUCGUGACACUUUGAAUAUUACGCCUGCUAUUGACAUAAGCGGAGGUAUCCAAGUACAUCUUCUGGCGUGUUUGAUUAUGGCUUGGGUUAUUGUUUAUCUUUGCAUCAGUAAAGGUAUAGCAUCCUCGGGAAAAGUUGUCUAUUUCACAGCAACCUUUCCAUACUUCGUGUUGGUUAUAUUCUUGGGCCGAGGUUUGUCAUUAGAAGGUGCAGGAACAGGCGUCAACUACUUAUUUUCAGCUGAUUUUUCCCAAUUGUCAAAUCCCAGCAUAUGGCUCUCUGCUGCAACUCAAAUCUUUUUCUCAUUGAGUCUUGCGUUUGGAGGAAUGAUUGCUUUUUCGAGUUACAAUCCAAGAGAUAACAACUGCGAAAGAGAUACUCUCAUUGUAGCUUUCAUAAACUCUGGAACCAGUAUUUUAGCAAGCGUUGUAGUGUUUUCGGUGUUGGGCUUCAAAGCCACCGUGGAAUGGAAAGAGUGUGUAAAUGACAAUAUUGAAACAAUCCUUGAUUCUCGGGAGAUGCCAGAGGGAAGUAUCAAUGUGGACAGUUACGACGAAUAUGUUGAUGUCAACGAUGUUUCAGAUUUGAAUCUCACCAGUUGCGUUGUGGAAGAGUUUUUAGAUACGAGUGCUUCUGGCGCGGGUCUGGCGUUCAUUGUAAUUGCCGAUGCAAUUGUAAAUAUGCCAGGAUCUCAGUUUUGGUCAAUAUUGUGGUUCAUGAUGCUGUUUUGUCUGGGAAUUGAUUCCAUGUUUGGAACAAUGGAAGGAUUGAUCACUCCUCUCUAUGAUAUUGGAAUUUCAAAAAAACUCAAGCAAAUAUAUAUGAUCUCUAUCGUCAUCAGCAUAUCUUUUUUGAUUUCACUCACGUUUGUGCAAGGAUCCGGUAAUUACUGGCUUGAUAUAUUCGAUACGUACGCAGGAAGUUUACCACUUCUUGUUAUCGCCUUUUUUGAAUUAAUCGCUGUUGGAUGGGUGUUUAAAUAUCGAAAGUUUGAAAAGGCGGUUGAUGAAAUGAUUGGCGAACAAAAAAAUUGGUUCCGAAUUUGUCUACGUUACUACUGGUGGGCUAUGAUCCCGGUAAUCAGCCCUAUUGUACUUGUCGCUGUUUUUAUUGGAUAUUUAUAUGAGAAGUUCUCGUCUGAAAACACUUAUUCCGCAUGGAUUGCGGACGAGGGUGCAAAUGUCCCCAAGGAGUAUCCACCGGGAGCAGUAGCUGUAAGUGCUAUCAUAGCCAUUUCAUGUACGAUUUGGAUCCCAGUAGUAGCCGCCGUGAAAUUUGUGCAAAAUCGUUACUUUAACAAUGAACCUGAAAUUGGAAACACAGCCAUGACCAGAUACAAUCCUAACUCGACUGAUGGAGUUGACAAUGCAGUAUUUGAUGACAAGGUUUGUUGUUAUAAAAUAGUUAAUUGUACAGACAGGCCGAGAAACUUGAUGCCCUUACAGAUAUACAGUUUUUAGAUUCAUCAUAUUGAAUUCACAUUUCGGAGUUUAGUUUUAAUUCAGAUUUAGUUGGGAUGAAAUGGAAAUCCCUACUUUGAUACCAAUUUAAAUUUCAAUAUUCACCCUUGAGAAAUGAUUACUUUGUUGCAAUAUUUCAACUGUAUUUUCACGUCGUGGUCAUGGAUUAUUCUGGUGAUUUGUGCCCCUCAAUUUAGAUAUGUACACUACACUAACAUGUUAAUCAAUGUUCUAAGGAAUCAUAUAGAACUAAAACUGCAGAACUUCUUUCCAUAGCUCCAUACUUCUAAUUGUUAAUAUCCAAAACCGAUUCAUGAAUUUGAAAUUAUUAUCGUUUUACAGGAGGGUGACACGAAAGAAAAUAAGGCGUAAAGGCAAAGAGAUCAAAAGAAACAUAAUCAAGAGUUUUCCAUUGCAAUGCAUCUGAAACCACGAAAUUGCAAUGUCCAUGAUGAGAAAAUAUAUAUAUAUAUAUAUUAUUGAAACCAAAUUGAGUAAUUAUGACCAAUAAAAGAAAUCACAUUUAUAUUGAAAUUUAGUUUAAUUUAGUUGUUCUUAACAAUAAUGUAAUGUUUUCAUAAAAUUAUAAUUAUAGUA